AUGUGGAACGGAGGCAGCGACUCGGCCGUGAAGCAGAUUUUGCUUGUGAUGAACGAGAAGGAAAGCUUUAUCAUCGAGGAUCUGGAUGACUACCAUCUAGUAAUCAAAGCGGACGAGGAGUGGCGAGUGAGGAGAGAACUCGAGGCAGAGCUCGAGAAGAACACUUACAGCUUGGAGUGA